CUGAGCUCAUAUAUUAUGGAUUUUAGUGUUCGUCUCCUCUCCUUCCGUUCAUCAGUGAGAAGAAAAAAACGACACGCGGCUAUUGAAGAUUCACCGACCCCUUCUGCUCUGCUCUGCUCUACAAUCGCGACGAAGAACAUCCCUCCUUGAUUUGACAGCGUUGUGGCUUUGUCCUGUUUUCUCUUCAGGACCUCGCCGUUUCCAUAAAACCUCGCCGGUCCAUUUGCUCCGUCUGCAACCGCGGGAGCGAAUAUCCGUCCACCAUCGGCGAACUAUCGCAGGUGGCGUGGCUGUUGCAUUGCUGAUUAGUGGGGGGUUCUUUCUUUAUUUAUCAUGGGUUGGAAAGCAGCUCAGAAGCUCAUCCAGAAUUGGAAGAUUCUCAGGGGAGACAAUGUGAUGAUAAUUAGGGGAAAAGAUAAGGGCGAGACUGGUGUUAUAAAGCGGGUGAUCCGCUCUCAAAACCGUAUUAUUGUUGAGGGCAAAAACCUGGUCAAGAAGCACAUCAAGCAAGGCCAAGGUCAUGAGGGUGGGAUAUUUACAGUAGAAGCGCCUCUUCAUGUCUCAAAUGUCCAAGUCGUUGACCCAGUAACAGGGAAUCCCUGCAAGAUUGGAGUUAGAUACCUCGAAGAUGGCACUAAAGUGAGAGUUUCAAGAGGUCAGGGAGCAUCCGGUUCCAUAAUUCCUCGUCCUGAGAUAUUGAAGAUAAGAACUACUCCACGACCGACAGUUGCUGGGCCGAAGGAUACUCCAAUGGAUGUUGUGUUGGAGAAGACAUACGAUGCCAAAACAGGAAAAGGCAUGCCCGACCUUUAAGCAAACUGGUUCAAGAGGUUGUAGUGAAUGUAGGAGCCUUAGUCACAUCCUUUCUCAACGGAUUAAACUGUGCCAGAUACUUUGUUUUGGAGGGAAUAAUUGGAACACUUUGCAUGAAUGUUAAUACUAUUUUGAUCUGAAGUAAGUCUUGUCUUUGGCUAAUGCUUUUC